AUGAACUCUGUUUCUCUGCCUAGUGACGUUGUUAUGGAGAUCAUGUCCCGAGUUCCAGGCAAAUCCCUAGCCCGAUUUCGGUUAGUCUCAAAGCAAUUUAGGUCUCUCCUCUCUGAUCCUUGUUUCCUCCGCCUCCACCACAGCCGUUCACGUGAUUCCCUUUUUACUCUCAGGGCACUCAGGAAAGAGCUGAGCAACUUUUAUAAACUAAGAUACAAAUUCUCUGUGACCAACAAGGCCAAUUGCGUCAUCCACGAGUUCAAGGAAGAUUUUAGUACACAUAAAAGGCCAAAGGCCAAUGGCCUCCUCCCCAUCGGCAAGUUCACGGAAGAUUAUAGAACACAUAAAAGUUCAAUCAGAAUGUUAAGUUCCCACCACCAGCUCUUAUGCUUCGUUUGUGAAGGUGGGAUCCAUCUUUGUGACCCCUUGAACAAGGAGUUGAGGAAUUUACCUAACCCUACCUUUUCUCGGUGCUGUAAUUUCAAUAAACCUGGCGAGUGUCUCGUCUCCUUUGGAUUUGUUGACGCCACGAUGCAGUACAAAGUCAUCAAGUGGCCUCACGACUUAGAUGAAAACCGUACAAGAAGGUUGCCCGCCAGUGGCCUCAUCACAGUUUGGAAGAAAGUCAAUGAACUUAAGUUUGAGGUCUUGAAUAUCGAUAUUGUUGAAGAUGGCCGUCUUAAAGUCUCCCCUUGGAGAUUGCGGCGUAGACUAUGUCCCUAUCUCUUACAACUCUCUUCUCAGGUUCACGUGAAUGGAUAUAUCUACUGGACCACUAGUGAUUUUCAGAUCGUGUCUUUCUCUCUACAAGACGAACACCCUUGA